AUGAAGCACCUUCAAGAUCAUCUCUGCACUAUUUUCCCCAUUGUGCUUUUGACUGUGGUCACCACUGCAGCGGUAGAUCCUGAACUUUCGCAUGCUGAUUUUGUUCCCGUCUGGGAGGAGCAUAUCUAUCGACCUCACCCGGCACACUUUCGAUACGACCCCACGAUCAUUCCUGACUCCAAAACAAUUUCCGACUUGAACCAACAACCGGAGUCUGGAGAAGCUUCGACAAGUAACGCGCUGCCAUCUUUCGUUACGAUAUCGCAGCAUCCGAUACCAGCCUUCCGAGAUGCUUCAGGUCGAGAGUGGGGUCCAUUCGAGCUCAAUCCGAUCCAUUUUCAAGCCCUCGAAUAUCCUCUGUCGAUGCGAGAGCUGGAACAUCUUUCUAAAGACCACAACCUGCCAGGCGAUGUGACCAGCAAUGGCCCACCGACAUUCUCUCUAGCUAGUCGUCGUUCGCUUCCAUCCGCCAUCAGACCGGUUGUCUUCAAUCCGCAGCCCGAGAUUCUCACCCAGAUAUCCGAGGUGAUCCAGGCACGUUUAGCGAAGGCUGGCAUACCUCUUGACACCAUAAGUCACGACAAUCCUCUUCAGCAAGGAACGUACCUGCCACCGCCGCUGAGGAGGACGCAGAACGGUCUGGAGUUCCCGAGCGAACUUCUCGAGGGACGGUACUCUGAGAUCUUGUAUCAUCGUAUCAGACACCCUUCACCCGAGCCCACACUCUUCACUUUCCCAGUGGCAGUAGGAGGACGCAUUAGGUACGUUCUGGCUGCCACGGCAAAGCCAGCCCCGCAUACCCCGAUGCGAUGGGGAACGAGGACGACUAGCACUCUGUGGUUGUUUUACGAGCCGAGGUAUACGAGGAGCGUUUUCUCGGGCGAGCCGAUGCAGAGAGGGGUAUCGCUGCUAGGUGCUAUGUUUCUGCCAAAGUUUGCUGAGGAUGCCUUGGUGCAGUCAGGAGUCCUGAUCGCUUAUCCUAGUUUACGGAGAGGAGCUCGGUGA